GGCGUCUGCACGGGCGCGUCUCACGGACGGAGGACGACAACAUGGCGGCCUCCUUGCGUCUGGGUCGUCAAGGGGUUUUAUUUGGCCUCAGAUUAUCUCGGGUUACUAAAUGUUUACGGGCCACACAGCCGUGGCAGGAGCAUGUCAGACACCUCUUCCAGUCGCCAUGGGUCCUCGGUGAGGCGGUGGCAGCAGGUGAUGCCCUUUGUGAGAUCGAGACCGACAAGGCUGUUGUUACCUUGGAAUCUAAUGACGAUGGCGUCAUGGCAAAGAUAUUGAUGGAAGAGGGCAGUCGAAACGUGCGCCUGGGCACUCUCAUUGCCCUCAUGGUGGAGGAAGGGCAGGACUGGAAGCAGGUUGAGAUCCCCCCUCCAGAGGCUGCAGCUCCAUCUGCCGCUUCACCUGCUACACAUGCAGCCGCGGCCCCAGUCGCGCCCCCAGCUGUUUCCUCUCCACCGAAACCAGCCACAUCAGGACCGUUACGUCUGAGUCCAGCAGCACGACAUAUUCUGGACACCAAUGGGCUAGACCCAAAAUUGGCCACACCCACUGGACCAAGAGGACUUAUCACCAAGGAAGAUGCGUUGAAUCUCUUGAAGAAGUUUCCUGCCCCCAAAGCAACCCCAGCCAUGACUGCCACGGCUGUCCCGAGUCCUGUCCCCAUCACUGCUACUCCCCCUCCACCUCCACCUCCAGGCAGCAGACCCAACAUACCUCCUCUCUCGGUACCAGGGAAACCAGGAGCACCGGGCACUUUCACAGAGAUCCCGGCCUCAAAUGUACGCCGUGUGAUUGCUCAAAGACUAACGCAAUCGAAGACCACCAUCCCCCACGCGUACGCCUCGGUUGACUGUGACAUGGCUGCUGUCAUGCACCUCCGCAAAGACUUGGCCAAAGAACAAAUCAAAGUGUCUGUGAAUGAUUUCAUUAUCAAGGCAGCUGCUGUUACACUUAAAGAGAUGCCAGAAGUGAACGUGACGUGGUCUGGUGAUGGACCCCGUGCACUUGAUUCCAUCCACAUUUCAAUCGCAGUGGCGACUGACAAGGGCCUCAUUACCCCAAUCAUUAAGAAUGCUGCAAACAAAGGGGUCCAGGAGAUCUCAGCUAAUGCUAAGGCACUAGCCCAGAAGGCUCGAGAUGGGAAACUUCUACCUGAGGAGUACCAGGGAGGCUCAUUCAGUAUAUCUAACCUGGGGAUGUUCGGUAUCAGCGGCUUCAGUGCCGUGAUCAACCCUCCUCAGGCUUGCAUCCUUGCCGUCGGGACCUCCAGGGCCGAGCUGCGGCUGUGCGAGGAUGACCAGACCCUGCGCACCCAGCAGCUGAUGAGAGUUACACUAUCCAGUGACGGACGACUGGUGGAUGACGAAUUAGCCUCGCGGUUUCUGGAUAAAUUCCGUGCCAACUUAGAGCAACCGCAACGCAUGGCCCUGGCCUGAAAAAAGUGAAAUGUCUAUGUGAAAGUGAUUGGAAAGAUGAAGCAAGAAACACCUGCAUGACAAAGCCUGUCUUUUGCUGUCACAAGCAGAGAGCUCUUAAAAGUUGAUUCCUGUUCAUGCUAGGAUUAAGGUUUAUGAAGUGGGCUUGUACAUAGUAUAAACUUUUGGUUGCGGCUUGCUUCUGACAGAUAAUCACCAGGUUUGAGAUGGAGGAGUUAAACUGGGCUUCUGCUAGAGUGGGAGAGGAUUCUAGCAGUGGUGCCAAAUAUUACUAAGACAGAAGUUGCAUAGCAGGGUGCAUCCCACAUAGUGUAAUAGGCGUGGUAAAACCAAUGUGUAUAUAUAAGGUGGUUAUUCUAGUUCAAUUUUUCAGUCCCUGUUCAUCUACUCCAUGUCGCUAUUAAUAAACAUGUAGUGGCGCUCUAAAAACCCCAUGUUCAUUUGUCAAAGAUAUUUAUUGAUGAGCAUCAACAGCAGCACUGUUUCUCAUAAGAUGAACCAUUUCCUGUUGUUACAAAACUCAAACAGAAUUAAGAACUUAACUAAUUGUUCAUGUUAAUAUGUUUUAACUUAUUCAAAACAGAUGUGAUAUCCCUGAAAUCUUGCAAGUAAAUGUGUAUACAAAAUAAAUACAGUAAUUUAGGUUUUGGUUUCCUUAGAUACUAAUAAAACAAAUUGUUCAACCUUGAAA